UGCCGCCGCCGAACGGAUGAAUGGAGGCGGCGGGGCGCGCGCGCGGGCGCGUGCCUGUGGGGCGGGAUGGGGCCCGGCGACGGCGGGCUUGCUGCGCGGUGGUGCGGGCUCUGGCGGCGGGCGGCGGGCCCGGAGGAGCAGCGGCUGCUGGAGCUCCUCUCCUACGGGCUGGUGGGGCUGGGCGCCGGCUCCGCGCUGCUGCUCUCCUUCAUCCCCAUGCCCUACGGCCGGUACUCGUCGCGGCGCUUCGGCUGGCUGCUGCCCGCCCGGCCGGCAUGGGCGCUGCAGGAGCUGCCUUCUCUCCUCGUCCCGCUGGGGCUGGCCGCCUGCGGCGGGACGGCCGCCGCCGCCUGGCCCAACCGCCUGCUGCUGGGCUGCUUCGUCCUGCACUACGCGCACAGGGCACUCAUAUUUCCCCUUCUCAUCCGUGAAGGAAAACCAACACCCUUUUUCACUUUUGUGCUAGCACUUCUGUUCUGUAUUUACAAUGGAUACUUGCAAGGCCGAAGCUUAAGCAACUAUACAAAAUAUCCUUCAGGCUGGUUAAAAGGUCCAUGUUUCAUCACAGGUUUUAUAGGGUGGUUGACUGGCAUGGCAAUCAAUAUUCAUUCUGAUCAUAUUCUCAGAAAUCUGAGAAAACCAGGGGAAACUGGUUACAAGAUACCAAGAGGAGGAAUGUUUGAGUAUGUCAGUGGAGCCAACUUUUUUGGAGAGAUCCUGGAAUGGUUUGGGUUCGCCCUUGCCUGCUGCACCAUUGAAAGCCUUGCAUUUGCAUUGUGUACACUUUUCAUCUUGGGUUCAAGGGCAAAACAACACCACCAGUGGUACCUUGAGAAAUUUGAAGACUACCCAAAGUCCCGAAAAAUUGUGAUCCCAUUUGUGUACUGAGCUGUGCUUUUAACACUGUUUUUGAAAUGGAUGCUUUUUGUAGCAGCUAACACUUUACAGGUAUUGGCAGGUUAACAACAUACUCUGAUCAUCGCUGUGACAAAGCCUUUGCAUUGGUGCUGCUAUAAAUUACUACUUUUCCUCUUCACAAAGUCCCGGAAUCUGAUGGACAUGGAGAAUAGGAACAAAACUGCUUUUCCAACAGUGGAGCACCUUCAUAAAUACCUUAGCCAAUGUGUCUGAAUUCACAUCAUAGAAAGUACUGUACAGGACUUCUGGUGCUUCCGUCUCUGCUUAUACAGCCUUCCGCUGUUUCCAUCUGAUCUAGCCACACUGUCCUGAGGAUUGUGCCGUGAGCCCAGUCACCCUCACUACAAUCUGGAUGGUGUGUUCUGUCUGUUAUUUACUUGCAUGCACAAAUGGGUUUUUUUCUUUCCUUUGCCUUCCUAAUCCUUUCUUCUCCCAUCUGCAUUUCCAGGAGAACUGAUGAUGCAGCCCAAGGACAGUACAUGAAUAUAGUUGCUGUUAGGUGAGGGACAGUGUUCUUUCCUCCUUUUUGCACUCUUACACAGGUAUGGACACUGUGUAGAUUAUACUUAAUGCCAUUUACAUAAAUAGUUGCAGUGCUGCCUUUCCCAAAGAAUAUAUUAAGAUGGUUAUCUACCUCUCAAAUUUGGUAACUAUCUCAAUACUCAAACAUUUUCUCACUCAGCACUAUUUUUGGAAGGCAUUGUUUAUUUGGGAUACUUAGGCCAGUCUAGCACUGUUAGCAAUUCUGUAAUGUUUUCUAACUUACUUUAUAAAAAAAGUUAAUAGUUUUACAAAAUUCUCCUACUAUGCUGUUUAAAAAAAUCAAAUGUCUUCCUUCUCCUGUUAAUAAUGGUCUAGAUUAUUUUAUAUUCUAAAACUCUGGGAACUUUUAGUGCUACUUGUUUUAUUAAUGUCAGUUCUCAUUCCCCUAUAUUUUUCUCCCAAAGGACUCCAGAAGGGUUUCAAAAACAUGAUGGGAUCCCAAGCGUACCAACUUUAGAGUUUCAGGCACAUCUAUGUCCUUUGUAUGCUUGUGAUAAGAAUUUUUUUUAAAUUGCUGGGGGAAAAAACCAAACCCUAAGAAAUUUUACAGAAAACUUAAAAAACCCAAAACCACAAACAAAAAAACACCAAGCCAACAACCAAAGAACAAUAAUUUUUGAAAAACAACCAACCAAAUAAAGAAAACGAAAAAAAACUCCACACAAAACAAAAAAAUUCUGCUGCUAAUAUACUCUGGAAAUCAAUGGAAAUCAAACUUUUGCCUAGUGUCAUCUUAUCUGUUUACACUGUAAAUGUUGGGUUAUGUUCUUCAAAACAAAUUGGUAAUGUAAUUUUGCCAGAUGCUGAAUUUUUCCAGUAUGGUAUUGUAGUAAGCUUUGUCUAAAGCUCAAAAUUCUGUCUUUGCUGCUGAGUUACACUGCUGUAGUAAUCAAAGUAACAUAUCUGAUUAACUAUACCUUUAAAAUUUUAAAUAUUAGUUUUAAAAAAGUACGUUCAAGGAAUGGGAAGCGAAAAAGGACUUUGUGACCCAAGCUUCUGCUUAACAGUUGUUUCUUCCUCUUUCUUCCUCUUUUACCUCCUGCCAUAUUUAUACAGUACUUACUGCACUGAAGUCUUGGCUAUCGUUAAGGAUUUAUUCGGUGGUGUAAAUAAGUGUAACAAAAAAUUCUAUUGUUAUUGACUGAAAUAGUUGAAGGAGGAGAGAGAAACUGGCAGUCCUGCAGUGAUAAGCUACCUACAGCUAAGUCCUUGGACUGCCUGUUGCUCCCCAUAAUGUUGACUCGAAUGACCAGUCCUGCUUUCAGCCAGUAUCCAAAAAAACCAGCUUUAGGAGAACAUAGGAUUAUCCAUUGCUUUGACACUAGUGUCAUUACUUGAAUCUGAAAUUGUUUAAUAAUUUCUUUAGUAUUUGUCUUAUCACAGUAUAACUUGGUAUCUUGGUAUCUAAAUCAUGCAGCCAUCAAAAUCUGCUUUAGGGGGAAAAAAACUCAGGGUUCAAAAAGCACUAUCUACUCUAGGUGUUUAAAUACUUGCAUAGUUUAUGGUGAAUUAAUAUCUUACAUAUUUAGGGAUAUUUGUUAAAAAAAAAAAUCAGCUUAUUGCUUUCUACAACUACCUCAAAGGAGGUUGUAGCGAGGUGGGUGUUGGUCUCUUCUCCCAGGUAACAAGUGAUAGGAUGAAAGGAAAUGGCCUCAAGUUGCACCAGGGGGGUUUAGAUUGGAGAUUAGGAAAAAUUUCUUCACCAAAAGGGUUGUCAGGCACUGGAACAGGCUGCCCAGGGAGGUGGUUGGGUCACCAUCCCUGGAGGUAUUUAAAGGCCUUUAGAUGUGGUGCUUGAGGAUAUGGUUUAGCGGUGGACUUGGCGGUGUUAAGUUUACAGUUGGACUUGAUCUUAAAGGUCUUUCCAACCUAAAUGAUUCUAUGAUUAUUUCUUUUCAAGGCCAAGGUACAUUGGUGAAAAGCAUAUGAUCAACUUGGUUGAAUGCCAGAACUGCCUUUUGUUUAAACAAUAUUCCAUUUAUUUGUCACACUUCACUUGUGCUCCCUUCCCCUUUCUGCAGCUUUGCCAGAAUUUUUU